AUGGACACGACGAGCGAUCACAGUUCCGCCUCUCUUUCUCAGGUGCCCACCAUCAGGGUGACAGAGACUGAUGCAGUCUCAUCGGAGCAGCUCCCGAUUCUUCAGCAACGUACUCUAUCUCUUGAGUCAAAUCCAUGGUUCAGCAACGAAGCUCUGCCCGACCCGAGAUCGAACAAUCCGCGUCAUUCUUCUGAGACAUCUCCAAUAACGCCCCAGGCGGGAUCAAGAACACAUCCUGAAUCGGCACUCCUAGGUCUUCCGCGCGAAAUUCGGGAUAUGAUCUACGAACAAUACGUAUCAGACAUAGACGGCUUCGUAUACGAUCCGAAGACCCACAGCUUCAUGACUACGAACGGCGAGCCUGUCAACAUCCCACUUGCAUACACCUGCCGCACCAUCUAUGAUGAACUAUGGAAGCGUGUCUGCGAGGUCAAAAGCAUCAUUUUCUACACAGCCUUCUCCGAGGAAACACGCCAAGAUGUUGGCCUAUGGCAUGGUGGCCUCCACAAACUCGACCUCUACAAAGACCACCUGGCAGAUCUCAUGGCUCGCCAGUUCUUGACAGGGGCUCUGGAAGACGAGAUCGCGGCCCGUUACCCACAGUUCAAGCCAAUCCUCGCCAGAUGGCGAUCGAAAAUCGAGGUCACUGCGGAAUCUGAAGGCCACGAUUGGGGUGAAACACCGUCCAUCUACCGCGACUUCAUCUGUCAUACCUUGGAAGCCAUAGCGAAGGAUCCGGAUUUUGUUCUGACAGGUGAAAGAUGGGUAAACGGUUUGUGGAUUCCACAAGACAAAAACGUUGUUUUUCGCAACAUCUUCGAACUGAUCGGUCUGCGUCCUGAGCCAUGGAAUAUACCGAGCGAAGAGGAGGUCAGCCGUCUGAGCAACCUCUCUGGCGUGACUACGGAAUCAUCUGGCGUGGUCGCAAACGAACAUAGGUUUUACCACGGAGAUGCAAACUACAGAUACUCCGCCGCUUCCAUUGCGAUCAGGUUUCUGGAGAACCCUCCGACGAUGGUGCGCAAGCACAUUCGCAAUAUUCGAAGCAUCAAACUGAUAGAAGACCGGGAGUCGAUUGCGCAUCCAGAGUGCCACGUUCGGGGCCUCAUCCGUUACUGCCGCGACAUGCCCAGCCUACGCAUUGAACGACGCGUCGAUCUUUGGAUGACUGCGUAUCCUUUCGACAACCCUAGAUAUCAACAACUGCCUUUUGCUCAUGCAAGUACCUUAUCCCGUCGAAGGCGCGUAAACCCUGAGUGCGAAACAAAAGUAAUCGCGCGCUGGAUGACUGAGGCAAACGCCUUGAACUGCCUGGGCAUGCCACCCGGCGCCUUCACACUGCUGUUCGAUGGCGACCCGUACCCGGAUCUCUCUCACUACGUCUUCCGCACCGUCUUCCAACGAGAUGUCGCUUGGCAAAUAGCUUUGGACAUGAGCUACACCGUUGAGGACGGACUUCCCGAGCCUUCGUGGCUCAAUCGGCGACGUCGCGAUGGCUAUAUGUACGAAGACAUUCCGCAACUAGCACGCAACAUGAACCUCGGAAUUGGGAUUAUACACUGCAAUUUCGAUAUUGGGCGUGAAAUCGACCCCAAAUACAUCGUUUUGCAAUGUCAGGGUAUGGAUAUUAAGGGCUGGAAGAAGAAGUGGUAUAGCCACCAGAUCUCUUGGAGUAGAGCCGACAUGCAGCCUUUUCACCCUCUCCCCGACUGGCGCGCCCUGAGAGGAGAACACUUGAUCCCAACAUGA